UCUCUCUCUCUCUCUCUCUCUCUCUCUGUUUCACAAACACACCCACUACACCCACAACAAUGGUUUUCUACAUUUUCUUGUUUCUCUUAUUUCUCUUGAUUUUCACAAGAAAGAUGAAUGGAGGAAAGAAGAAAGGAGCAAAACUUCCUCCUGGCCCUCCUAAGCUUCCUAUCAUUGGAAACUUACACCAGCUUAGUAACAUGCCCCAUCGCUCAUUUUGGCAACUCUCCAUACAAUAUGGACCACUCAUGCAUUUGCAAUUAGGGUUUGCAUCAACACUUAUAGUUUCCUCUGCUAAAAUGGCAGAAGAGAUCUUAAAAAUUCAUGAUCUUGAAUUUUGUAGUAGACCCUCCCUAGUAGGUCCUAAGAAACUUUCUUACAAUUUCAAAGACAUUGCUUUUACACCUUACACAGAAUAUUGGAGGGAAAUGAGAAAGACUUGUGUACUUGAGCUUUUUAGUUCUAAAAGGGUUCAAACAUUAAGGUUCAUUAGGGAAGAAGAGGUUUCUUCAAUGAUUCAUUCUAUUGUUGCUACUGAUCAUCAAAGUUCUAUCAAUUUGAAUGAAGUAAUGCUUUCCUUAGUAAACAAUAUAAUUUGUAGAAUUGCUUUUGGUCAGAGGCAUCAAGAGGUAUGUCAAAGAAGUAGGUUUCAAGAUAUUCUUCAAGAAGCACAAGCUUUGUUGGGUGGGUUUUAUGUUGAAGAUUACUUCCCAUCAGUAGGGUGGAUUAUUGAUAUUCUUAGUGGACAAAAUGCAAAACUUGAGAAGAAUUUCAAAGAGUUGGAUGAGUUUUAUGAACAGGUUAUUUCUGAUCACCUCAAUCCAAGCAGAUCAGAACCUGACCAUGAAGAUAUUGUUGAUGUCUUGCUUCGAAUCGAAAAGGAACAAGAAGGAGGUUCAAUUCACUUCACCAAAGAGCACAUCAAAGCUGUUAUAAUGGAUAUUUUCAUUGCAGGCACUGAUACAGUAACAGCAGCCUUGGUUUGGGGAAUGGCAGAGUUAAUCAAGAACCCAAGAGUGAUGGAGAAAGCACAAGAUGAAGUCAGAAAUUCAAUUGGAACAAAAGGGAAAGUUGAAGAGAGUGAUCUUGAUGGACUUGAAUAUGUCAAGUCAGUGGUGAAGGAGAUUCUAAGAAUGCACCCACCAGGCCCAUUACUUGCUCCACGGGAAACAAGAUUUCACUGCAAAAUCAAUGGAUAUGAUAUUUACCCCAAAACGAGAGUUAUUGUGAGUCCAUGGGCAAUUGGUAGAGAUCCUGAAGCUUGGGAAAACCCAGAUGAGUUCUUCCCAGAAAGGUUCAUAGGAAGCAUCAUUGAUUUCAAAGGAUUACAUUUCCAACUUGUACCACUUGGUGCAGGGAGAAGAGGUUGUCCUGGAAUAUAUCUUGGGCCAGUGAUAGUCCACCUUGCACUUGCUAACCUUCUCUACUCUUUUGACUGGGAACUGCCCAGUGGGAUAAACAAGGAGGAUAUUGAUAUGGAAGAAGCACCAGGCCUUACUACUCACAAGAAAAUCUCUCUUUGCCUCGUACCCAAAUUACCCAAAUCGCAUAUUUAAUUUUAGGGAGAAUG